AUGGCAUAUGAUCCUCGCCGAGUAAACACUGGGAGCACGACUCCCCAGACUCCUCCCCCUCCACCUCCACCACCCACCGACAUGAACUCAGGCCAGGCCCCGAGCUCCAGCACCGACUGGAAGCUCAAGUUCUGUACCGUCUGCGCCUCCAACAACAACCGCUCAAUGGAAGCCCACCUGCGGCUCUCCAGCGCGCCCACCGGCUUCCCCGUGAUAUCCUUUGGAACGGGCUCUCUCGUCCGUCUCCCAGGACCCUCCAUCACCCAGCCGAACGUAUACAGCUUCAAUACCACCUCCUACAACCAGAUGUACGAGGAGCUGCAAUCAAAAGACGAGCGCCUGUACCGCAACAACGGCAUCCUGAAUAUGCUCGACCGCAACCGCAACCUGAAAUGGGGCCCCGAGCGCUUCCAAGACUGGGUACCUGGCGUACCGCGCUUGGACCACCUCUCGAAGGGCGACAAGGGCGCCCUCGGCACCGAGGGCGGCGUCGUCGAUGUCAUUAUCACCUGUGAAGAGCGCUGCUGGGAUGCAGUCGUUGACGACCUGAUGAACAAGGGCGCGGCACUGAACCGACCCGUGCACGUCUUCAAUGUCGAUAUUAAGGACAAUCACGAAGAGGCGCUAGUGGGCGGCAAGGCUAUCCUUGACCUGGCGAACCGGCUUAAUGACGCUGCUACUGCACAGCGGGCGCUGCACGGGAAUAACGGCUGGGAAAAUGGCGCCGGCGCCGCUCGCAAGAGUUUUGACGAGCAGGUCCCCGAAAUUUUGGCCGAAUGGCAAGAACUGAAUCCCAGCCUGCCUGCCUUGUGGACUUUGGCUUGGCUAUAA